AAAUAGAAAUGAAAAGAUUUAUAACAGAUGACUUACCAAAACAAUUAAAAGAUUUAGAUACAUUACAAAGUUCUUAUGGUCAAGGUGCACCGUAUUUUGUCGGAAAUUCAUUAACAUGGGCUGAUUUGGAUUAA